AUGCGCGCCUCUCUCUUUGCUAUUGCUUUUACUAUUGCUGCCUCAGUCAAUGCUGCCGCUGUCCAAAAACGUGCUGUUUCUGCCGGUGUUCAAUCUUGUAUUGAUGGCCUCAAUGCCGCUAGUGCUCAGCUCUUGACUGUAACCAGCCAAGUCAACUCCUUCACCAGCUCUGCUGGCUACUCUGGUGCCCUUGCUGUUCACUCUAGCGAACAAACUCUCGAGUCCAAGUUGAAGGCUGCUACUACCAGCUGUUGUGCUGUUACCUCCACUGUCUCUGAGGAGGAUGCCACUGCUGUAUUCAGUGUUGUUGGUGUUGUUGUCCCUGAAAUCGAGAGUGCCUUGAGUGCCAUUGUUACCAAGAAGCCUCAAUUUGAUGCCGUUCUCUUGGCUACUUCUUUGGUCAAGACUGACAUCAAGAACUUGAACACCGAAGUCAACUCUUUGGAUACUUGCUUGAUUGCUGUCACUCCUGCUGAUGAUUUGGCCAAUGCCAACGCCUACGUUGACAGAGUCAACACUGCCUUUGCUUCUGCCAAGACCGCCUAUGGUAUCUAA